UAAAAAAAGGUUUAAAAGUAGGACAUUCGUUUGAAGGACAUAACUUCAUUGCCGUGUGAAACUUAGUCAUAACAAGUAUAGGGACAUAGUGGUACUUAUUCAGAUAGAAGCGGCCAAGAAAUACGAACGUAGGCAAAAUGGUCGUGUUCAGUGUGAAUAACUGUGUUCUUUUGGCGAUUUUUUCUGUUUCCUGCUUUGCAGAACAGACUGUCAAUAUUGAUUUACGAAACAUUGGAUUACCUGUGUACAUAUCAAAAGAGAACACAAAUGAAACAUUACUGUUUGAAGAUUUCCUAAAAUAUGCUCAUGGGAAAUACAGUUCCUUAAGUUUGCUUAAAAUGGAACAGUUUGAAAUUGACCCUACUUUAACUGAAGUGACUGGACAUUGCCAGUCUGACAUCACAUUUUUAAGAUCAAAUACUAACGAUUCGCUUGUGACAACUUCAUUCUAUAAAUAUAUCGAUGCUACUGCUAAAAUACCGCAGGGGAUUCUACAAGGAAAAUGGAAUUGGGUGGGGGACUACCAGGAAUGCUACGAUAUUGACCGGCUUCGUAAUCCAAACACUAACAAAUCAUUCGGUGGAAAAUACUUCUCUGCUGGAAUAGUCAUCAAUGGAAAACCCGUGCUGAUGAAUACAUUUCCUUUAGUUGUCGGUGUAUGCUUACCUAGCUCCUGUAACAAGACUGACGUGGUAACGUUGUUAAAUCAACUGAUUGCAUUCAUUAAAAAAGAAAUUGCUCCAGUUUUUCCUAUCAAACAGGAUAUUACCGUUUAUGAAAGUAUAUCCGAUGGGCCAAAGGAUCUAGGCAAAGACGCCAUUGUCAUGCUUGUUAUAAUUGGAUUAUUAUGCUUCAUUGUAUUUGUGUCAACUUUGGUUGACUACCUGUGUUCUUUAUCAGAUAAGGAAAUGGAAACUCUUGUCAAAGACGACUCUGCUUUCGACGAUAGUCAUGAUGAUGAUAGGACAGGACUUCUGAAUAGUGAACUCUUCUCUCACAGUAUCCAAGAAGGCAGAUGUCCUCAAACAAAGCGAAAACUAUUAAAGGUUUGCCGGGUGUUCUCAGUAUUAAGUAAUGGGAAGAAAUUGUUUGGGACUGCAACAGCAGUUGGGCCAUUGGCUUGCUUGAAUGGUAUCCGGGUAUUGAGCAUGUGGUGGGUUAUUCUGGGGCACACAUAUGCUUUUAUAUUUGCUGUUCUCGACAAUAUUGCUGAAGCUGAGAAACUUAUUCAAAGAUUUUCUUUCCAGCCAAUUAUGAAUGGUACUUACUCAGUGGACAGUUUCUUUUUUCUCAGUGGUCUUCUCGUUGCUUAUUUGGCGUUAAAGGAAAUCAAAGAGAAAGGUAAAUUAAGUUGGCCUUACUAUUUCAUCCACAGAUACUGGCGUCUGACGCCUCUCUAUGCCUUUGUAUUGUUCUACUAUGCCUAUGUAUUUAGCAGCACAAUAUCAGGCCCGCUGCUGUUCUUCCUUGAAGCAGGAAAUUAUCAGAAUACAUUUGAUGUUUGCAAAACUUACUGGUGGACAAACCUUCUCUACAUAAAUAACAUGUACCCCAAUUAUGGAAAUCUAGCCACAACAUGUGUUGGGUGGAGUUGGUACCUCGCAAAUGACAUGCAGUUUUAUAUAGUUUUUGGACCAAUCGUAAUUUUGGCAUUGUCUUACAAAGGAAGAGUAAAACACCUUGGUGUCAUUUUGACUAUUUCUCUCAUUUUUGUUGGCGUUGUAGUAAGAGGCAUUUUGGUAUGGUACUAUGGCAUAUACGGAGGCGCCAAUGGGGCUGCAACAAAGCACAAAGAUGAUCCAUGGGGUGAAAACGGUCCACUUUAUGGCAGACCGUAUGCAAGAUAUUCUGUUUAUCUUGUCGGUAUGCUAACAGGAUACGUGCUUUCUAUUAACAACAAUCGCAUACGACUCCCUAAGAUUACAGCAUUGUUUGGUUGGUGUGUUGCUAUAGCAACUGGAUUAGCUGUCAUUUAUGGCCAGUUUUAUUAUAACCGUCACACUGGUACACACAUGACCUUAGUACAAAGUAUAUUUUACAAUUCUCUCGGAAGAACAGCUUGGGGCAUGUGUUUAGCUUGGGUCGUAAUUGCUUGUGUUUCUGGUAAUGGUGGACCCGUGAAGGAUAUCCUUUCAUGGCAGGUUUGGGCACCACUUGGGCGUCUGACCUACGCAGCUUACCUUGUGCACCCAAUUAUUAUGUACACAUACUACUUCAAUAUGCGACAACCUUUACAUUUCUCUGACAUGACGAUGGUGUACUUAUUUAUUUCACAUUUAGUUGUCUCUUAUGUGGUGGCCUUCUCGGUCUCGAUGUUGGUCGAGGCACCUAUGAUACAGCUGGAGAAACUAUUACUACAGCCGAUAGGUACAUUUGCAAAUACUUGCAUUGCUGCACCUUGUGGGCAGCUUCUUGGGAAAAUAAGAACCCGUUUCAAUCGUGGCUCUUGAGUCGCGCCUUUCAUCUAAAGUCUCUGUUUUGAAUUGAUCUAAUAUGAUAAGACUGCACGUUUGUAACGUCACUUUUUCAUUGGAUAAUAGUUUUAUAUACACGUAUGAAGAAAUCUUACCUUUUCUGAGUUUUCUCUAAAUGCUUAUAAUAUACAUGUAUUCUUGAUAAGUACUUUGAUUGUUAAGUAAAGGUGACCUUGUUACGGAAAAUGCCUCUUGAGUUACACUGCCACACAGACUUAUAAAAUUUGCAUGAACAAUGUUUGUAUAGCAAGAUCUGUCGGGGAAUAAAAUCUUUAUUUGUAAUAGAUCUGUGUGCUGUUUUUUUGGUGGGUUGGGGUUAGAGGUUUAUCUUUGUCAUUAUUUCAGCUAGAAGUGAUUGUUAAAAAAUAAGCAUUGAUCUAUUUAAAUUGUUACGAAGUUGUUGAUUUUUGUUUCUAUGAUCCCCAUAACACACACUUAUAUAGAUAUAAAUAUUAUAAUAUACAUUUGUACUUAUUUUGUUUGAUCUUUUAUUUUUAUGAUUUCAUUAUAUUUUGAUAAUGUUAUUUUCUCUUUGUUUAAUUAUGUUUUUUGCUAUCUGUAUAAAUGACAAGAAGUACAAUUAACUUUUUUUGCGAAAGAUUUUCGGAAAUAACUUGAUGUAGACAUAUAUGUAAGAUGUAAUUAUCGGCGUGUAAGAUGUGAUUAUCAACAUGCAAGAUGUGAUAAUUGACAUGUAAGAUGUGAUUAUAGACAUGUAAAUUGUGAUUGUCGACAUGUAAGUUGUGAUUGUCGACAUGUAAGAAGUGAUUAUCGACAUGUAAGAUGUGAUUAUUGACAUGUAAGAUGUGAUUGUCGACAUGUAAUAUCUAUGUGAUUAUCGACGUGUAAGAUGUGAUUAUCGACGUGUAAGAAGUGAUUAUCGACAUGUAAGAUGUGAUUAUCGACGUGUAAGAUGUGAUUAUAGAUAUGUAAGAUGUGAUUAUCGACGUGUAAGAUGUGAUUAUCGACGUGUAAGAAGUGAUUAUCGACAUGUAAGAUGUGAUUGUCGACAUGUAAGAUGUGAUUGUCGACAUGUAAUAUCUAUGUGAUUAUCGACGUGUAAGAUGUGAUUAUCGACAUGUAAGAUGUGAUUAUCAACAUGUAAGAUGUGAUUAUCGACAUGUAAGAAGUGAUUGUCGACAUGUAAGAAGUGAUUAUCGACAUGUAAGAUGUGAUUAUCGACAUGUAAGAUAUAAUUAUCAGAUGUCUAGAAAUGACAUAGUAAAACGAUUGUGAUUAUAGUGAACUUAAUUAUACUUGCAUUUACAAUAUAUUUUAUAAAGAUCUAAAACAACUUGACUUUUCUUGUAGAUUUUUUUUGUGUGGAUAUCUUUUUUAUAUUACAAUACUUAAUUAUUCAAGAUAAUAAAAAUACCGUUGU